UGUCUCCCCCCUUGGCUAAUGCAGGUGUUCGGGUUUCUUUUGCAGGCUGACGGAGCCAGUGCGGCUGGACGGAAAAGCACGGCGAGCAGGGAGCGCUUGAAGCGCAGCCAGAAGAGCGCCAAGGUGGAGGGGCCGGAGCCCGUGCCGGCCGAGGCCUCGCUGAGCGCCGAGCAGGGAACGAUGACGGAGGUGAAGGUGAAGACAGAGGUGCCCGACGACUACAUCCAGGAGGUGAUCUGGCAGGGCGAGGCCAAGGAGGAGAGCAAGGCGGUCAGCAAGGAUGGGACUGGCGACGUGCCCGCCGAGAUCUGCGUGGUGAUCGGCGGCGUCCGCAACCAGCAGACCCUCGGGUCCUAUGAGUGUGGAAUCUGUGGCAAGAAGUACAAGUAUUACAACUGUUUCCAGACCCACGUACGCGCACACCGAGACACUGAAGCCACCUCAGGGGAGGGAGCCUCCCAAGGCAACAAUUUCAGGUACACGUGCGACAUCUGCGGCAAGAAGUACAAGUACUACAGCUGCUUCCAAGAGCACCGAGACCUGCACGCGGUGGAUGUGUUUAGUGUGGAAGGGGCCCCCGAGAAUCGGGCAGACCCCUUCGACCAAGGCGUCGUGGCCGCUGAAGAGGUGAAGGAGGAACCCCCGGAACCAUUCCAGAAAAUCGGGCCAAUGAACAAUAUUACAUCAGAAAUUUUUAAGAAGAAAGAAGUUAGGCAGACCCAAAAGAGAGAAACCGGCAAUUACACCUGUGAAUUCUGCGGAAAGCAGUACAAGUACUACACACCCUACCAGGAGCAUGUGGCCUUACACGCCCCCAUCAGUACCGCCCCCGGGUGGGAGCCGCCGGACGAUCCAGACACGGGCUCUGAGUGUUCACAUCCAGAGGUGUCCCCGUCUCCACGCUUCGUGGCUGCGAAGACCCAGACGAACCAGUCGGGGAAAAAAGCUUCGGCCUCCGUGGUCCGGUGCUCCGCCCUCUUACACCGCACCCCUCCAGCCACCCAAACCCAGACGUUCCGCACCCCAAAUUCAGGAUCUCCAGCCAACAAGGCAACCUCAGAAAGCGCUUUCAGUCGGAGAGUAGAAAGCAAAGCACAAAACCACUUUGAAGAGACGAACAGCAGUUCCCAAAACUCCAGCGAAACUGCAAGUCCCCUGAUUUCCAAUACUUUCCCUCUCCUACAGAAACCCUACACCUGUGGCGCCUGUGGGAUCCAGUUCCAGUUCUACAACAACCUGCUGGAGCACAUGCAGUCCCACGCGGCCGACAACGAGAACAACAUCACCUCUAACCAGUCCCGGUCGCCACCCGCUGUUGUGGAAGAGAAGUGGAAACCCCCGGCCCAGAGGAACAGCGCCAACAACACCACGGCCAGCGGUUUAACAUCCAACAGCAUCAUCCCCGAGAAGGAGCGGCAGAACAUCGCAGAGCGGCUGCUGCGGGUCAUGUGCGCUGACCUGGGAGCGCUGAGCGUGGUGAGUGGAAAGGAGUUCCUGAAACUGGCCCAGACGCUGGUGGACAGUGGCGCCCGCUACGGGGCCUUCUCCGUCACCGAGAUCCUGGGCAACUUCAACACGCUGGCACUGAAGCACCUGCCGCGCAUGUAUAACCAGGUGAAGGUGAAGGUGACGUGUGCCUUGGGCAGCAACGCCUGCCUGGGCAUCGGCGUCACCUGUCACUCGCAGAGCGUGGGCCCCGACUCCUGCUACAUCCUCACUGCCUACCAGGCCGAGGGCAACCACAUCAAGAGCUAUGUGCUGGGUGUGAAGGGAGCGGACAUCCGUGACAGCGGCGACCUGGUGCACCACUGGGUGCAGAACGUGCUGUCAGAGUUCGUGAUGUCGGAGAUCAGGACAGUGUACGUGACGGACUGCCGGGUGAGCGCGUCCGCCUUCUCCAAGGCCGGCAUGUGCCUCCGCUGCUCAGCCUGUGCCUUGAACUCGGUGGUGCAGAGCGUGCUGAGCAAGCGGACGCUGCAGGCCCGCAGCAUGCACGAGGUCAUCGAGCUGCUCAACGUGUGCGAGGACCUGGCGGGCUCCACCGGCCUCGCCAAGGAGACCUUCGGGUCGCUGGAGGAGACCUCGCCGCCGCCCUGCUGGAACUCGGUCACGGACUCGCUGCUGCUGGUGCACGAGCGCUACGAGCAGAUCUGCGAGUUCUACAGCCGGGCCAAGAAGAUGAACCUCAUCCAGAGCCUCAACAAGCACCUGCUUAGCAACCUGGCGGCCAUCCUGACGCCGGUGAAGCAGGCGGUCAUCGAGCUGAGCAACGAGAGCCAGCCCACCCUGCAGCUGGUGCUGCCCACCUACGUCCGGCUGGAGAAGCUGUUCACGUCCAAGGCCAACGACGCGGGCACGGUCAGCAAGCUGUGCCACCUCUUCCUGGAAGCCCUCAAGGAGAACUUCAAGGUGCACCCGGCGCAUAAGGUGGCCAUGAUCCUGGACCCACAGCAGAAGCUGCGGCCGGUCCCGCCGUAUCAGCACGAGGAGAUCAUCGGCAAGGUGUGUGAGCUCAUCAACGAGGUCAAGGAGUCCUGGACGGAGGAGGCCGACUUCGAGCCCGCCGCCAAGAAGCCGCGCUCCGCCGCCGGCGAGAACCCCGCCGCUCAGGAAGACGAUCGGCUGGGCAAGAACGAGGUGUACGAUUACCUGCAGGAGCCCCUCUUCCAGGCCACCCCCGAUCUCUUCCAGUACUGGUCGUGCGUGACCCAGAAGCACACGAAACUCGCCAAGCUGGCCUUCUGGCUCCUCGCGGUCCCGGCCGUGGGGGCCAGGAGUGGGUGUGUCAGUAUGUGUGAGCAGGCGCUUCUCAUCAAAAGGAGGCGACUGCUCAGCCCCGAAGAUAUGAACAAACUCAUGUUUCUGAAGUCCAACAUGCUUUAAGACUCUUACUUCCGAACAAAAGAAAAGCGAGAGAGAACGGUAGGGAAAUGAAUUUACACAACACUGUCGCAAACAAAGGAAAGGAGUUUAAGUUCUAAACACUGUGGACCUCAUUCUAAACGCCCCCUGGAAACUUAAGUGCUUUUUCCAGUGUGUGUGUGCAUGUGUGUCCCAGCACGCGGACCGUGGGUGCGGGCGCGAGGCUCUUUUGCUCAUCUGCGUGGCCGCCGUAGCUUCGCGCACGCGUGCACACACAUACUACCCUGGUGCAUGUCCACGCCUGCUCGUGGGCGCGUGUGCAUUAAACUGGGGGUGUCGGGAAAGCCGAGGGUGUGGGAAAGAGGGAAAACGCUCACCUCGUUUCCUCGGCAAGGGGCUUCGAAGACUUGGUUUUCAGGUGCGCAGGUUGGUAGGACGCCGAUGUUGCAAAGUGUUCAGGCAGCUGAGAUCUGAAGUGACUUGACGCGCUCUGUCCUCAGCCCAUGGUCCCCCUUUUCCCUUCAUGCACCCUCCCCCCAGCCCUCCUCACCCUAAUGCACCCUCCCCGGCUGCCCUGCGAUGGAUUCUCCAAACUGCAUCAGAUGGACAGUUUCUGCACUGGACUUUGUUCUUGUUCACCUUCAGGGCAUUGAGCAGCUGCCUUCGAGACACCGGCGGGUGUCACGGGGCAGCCGCCUUAGAAACACACCUAUCUAUCUCCCCAGAUCAGGAAAGGAGACUUUAAGAAUAGAAAGCUGACUUUUGGCUUUUUAAUAUAAGAAGAAGAAGAAAAAAGACAUAUUUCAGAGAAGUAUAGAUACUAUCUCCACUCCUUAAUUCUCUUCCUAACAUUUUAGCUGUUUUUACCUUUUGGUUUUGUUUUUUUCAGAUUUGAUUUAGACUCUGCUAGGAGGCACUGAAUGUCUAUAACUUAUGUUUUGAAGGUUGUUUUUUUUUUAAAUUGCCAUUUUUGUUCCUCAAGUCACACUGUAAACUAGCUCAUCUCAGUGGUAUAUUCGCCCUCCUACGGUUUCCAUUAGCCUCCCCUGUACAGUCCCGUGUCUGUGUAUUCGAACAGCCAGGACCACGCACUAGUCUGUGCUGUGUGGAGACCAGGAGUGGGGUUGGAGUCACAGGUUCCACGGGAGCGGGGUUUGGUGGGAGCCAUAGGGAUGCCUGUGGUUGAGGAUUUCUCCUGAAUGUAAGUGAAGGCCCACCCUCCUGGCUCGCUGCGUCCGGUCCUGCGAAUGUCCGACUGAUAUACCCAGAGUGCAUUACACCACUCGCCACAUCACUGACACUCUCAGCUCAGCAGGGACUCCUGAGCUGAUCCACGUUCACGUCCGUUACACCUCAGACCCACUGCCUCCCCACCCCUCCCCAGGACCCCAGGGGUUCUGGUGGGUCUGUUGCCCACAGCCCUGGGGUCGCCACACUCGAGCCUCAGCCCUCCUUCCAGUAAAUAGUUACGCGCGGUGCCUUGCGGGCCAAACGAUUGAUGUAUGGAGGGUGGAAUGGCAGAGGCCACACUGAACUUGAUGCUGUGAAAGAUGUCCGUAGGCUUUUCUCUCCACGAGCAGUUCCGUUUGUACACACUCAGUCCAAACACCGAGGGUGGCCCCCCUCCCCCACCCCUUUAAGAGGUGGUUCCGUCAGGAUCAGUGAUCAGCCCUGGCCCACCUCUCUGUGAAUAAAGUGCUGGUGGUCUCCUGUCCUCCGGUGCCCAUGGCUGUGGCAUGGAGAUGGCGACACCAAGGGCUUCAGGCUGAGGUCGGCCACGUGGCUUCCACAACGGCACAUUCUACCGUCUUGGGGGCUAGGGCGACUCCACCCCUUCCUCCUAAGAAAGCAUUACUCAACUGCCAGAUACCUCGACUACAGAAAGCACUGUACCCUGCCCUCUCCUGGCCCAUGGCAGAUGGGCAAGCGACGCUGGUAUGGAAACACUGUCCCCUGGGGCCUCGCCUGCUCACUUUGCCUCAUGAGAACCACCCCUCCGAGACUUGGAUGUACUGCAAUGUAUGAGAGUGGGCGUGGGCACGUUCUCUCCAGCAAGCCAUGGCCUCAGCCCCCGCCCUGCCACUUCCUCACCCAGAGAAGGGCUAGGUGUUUCCCCGCAACGUCUCCAGCUGGGCUCACGCCAUCAGAAGAGCCUCCGUUCGCACUGGCCAGUCACCUGAUGUCACUUCCUAGAGUGUCUCGGCGGACUUCGGGCCUCCGGGCCUGGCAGAAGGUGGCCGCAGGGGUGCGGAGGAGUGACAGGUACCUCCAGCUCCAGGUUCCUCCCACCCUGCUCUGCUCUGCUGCCGGGGAAGGGGCCACACCAGGAGGGUCAGAGCUGCUCCCUUGGUGUGGUCGGUGGAAACGGUCUUGGGCCCAUCCUCCCUCUACGUGGAGCAGAGCUGUGUGCUGGUGUUGCCCCGUUUUGCGGCCAGUUCGUGAGGAAGUACACAUUUCAUUUUCUUGUAAAGCCAUCAGAGACCAAGUCCAGAUGUGCAUUUAGAGUCUUUGGACGACGGGAUGUCAGCCCUCCAGAAUGAAAUUUGAGUCUCACUAAAUUCUAGGUACCGAGUCACGUGUCGUCAUCCGGUCUUCCGUUCCACCUGAGUUUAGUCCUCAGGACAGGCGCUGAAGCUGUCUCCUGGGGCUGCCUUGACCACCUGUGGUGAUGAGGUGGCCGGUAGCCGUCUCUCUCUCGCAACCUCUGGAUCCCCAGAAACUGGUGUCUCCCCCUCAGCCUGCUUCCUCACGCAGGCAGUUCCCAUAGUGCAGAUCCUGCUGCCACCAACCGCUUAACAACCCAAAGAUCUCACAGGUCCAGCCACUGGCCCCCGAUUUAUAGCAAUAUCCACCUUGUUCAGAUUCUAGCUCAGCCAAAGGACGGAGGUGGGCUCUUCCACUGAAUCUCCAGGCACCGGACCUGGCCUUGACCUACGGAAGGGUCUUGUCUCCUGCUUCCUGCUCCUCUGACAGCUGUGGGACUUCCCAGCACAGGCCCGCGGCAGCUGGCAGACCAGGGACCGUUCCUGUCAUGUUCUGGGCAGCUCCAGGUGUUCGCCUGCUGACUUGGACACAACUUGUCUCAAGCCACGUGAUUCCCAGGACAGAGCGGGUCUUUGCUUUGGCGUACACGGACCCAAGAGGAGACUGCGGGGUUGGCCCCUCCCCUGAGGUCAGCUGGCUUCCCCACCCAAGCCCAAAGGACCGUGCUUCUUGGGUGGUCCUCAGAUUUGGAGUAGCCAGGGGGUCUCGACUCCACCAGGAGCAGCGGUGCCAUCCCAGUCAUCGAGAGUGGAUGCUCCUGUCCCAGCAAUGUCCUGCCUUCCCUGCGCCUCGGUCAGCCGAGUGGUAGUUAGAAACCAGGAAACACCAGGGAGGGGCCCCCUGCUGCGUCUGAUUACAGCCCCCCUGGCAACCUCAUGCUUGGCCUUCAGAGUGGCUGUUGGCUGGGCAAGGCCUGAUGGCACACUGAGGAGUGUGGGUCUCUGGGAUUCUAGGAAGGACUGUUUGUCUACACCAGGUCCAUAGGCUGCCAGGAGUUCUCUCCUUCGGUUUGCUCCUGUCCUUCGCUUUCAAGAAACACCGGAGGCAAACUGCAGGGCAGGUUUUCCACUGUGACGCCGAGCUUCUGUCUUUGGGAGUCCCCCGUGCUUGCGGGAGACUGGCUGCCUGCCUCCUCCUGGACUUGGGCCGGGCUCCUUGGAGAGUGCGUGGGCCCCUGGAGGGAUGUCAAGGAUACAGCGCAUGCUCUCUGGGCUCCACGGGGUCACAAGGAAGGUUAGAAAUGAGGCUGGGAUGCGGAUGGAGAAGGAGGGCCCGUGAGAAAUGGCCCGGAGGGGACAGCACCUGGAGAUUGUCAUCGUGAGGGACACGCUUGCAGAGAUGGAAGAGGAAGAGGAGCACGUGGGUGGGCUCCUGCCCCCUGGAGCUGGACUGAGUUCAUGGCUACGCCCUGGCCUUGGGGAUGUACCUGAAGGAGAGCUCCUAGACAGGCUGCUGCUUUAGACAGAACCAAGAGGCUAAGGAAGUCUCAGGCUGUCCCCGGAGACAGGAGGUGGGGACUCCUGUCUUGGCCCUGCCUGCCCUGGCCCAGCCCCCGGUAUCCACCUGGGCCGGUGGGAGUCUUGGGAUGGGGCUGCCCCCUCUUCACUGUGGCUAAUGUUUGCUAGGCCAGUUAUGGUGAACCAAUGAUGCAGUGUUUUCCCUCUCCUCUCCCUCCUGGCUCCCCCCUCAGGAUUUUCUGGCGGAUUUGAUUGUUUCUCUUGGGCUCCCAUUUGGGUUUGAGGAUCGUAGCCAGUAGGGGCCUGCCUUUCCCCGAGGGGCCCUGUGCUGUCCUUGUGAAAAGGCGCCUGCUCCCGCGUGGAUGAGGGUGAAGAUCCUGUUGGUCUAUUCAUGCCCCCACCGCCACCACCACGGUGUCGCUUCAGAGACUCGGCUCCUGUUCCGAGGAGGAUCUGCUGGGUUUGCAGUUGGGCGUCAGCAUUGGACCCAUGAGGGUCCCACCCAUCCACUGGGCACCUUGACUCUUCAAACCAAAGUUCCUUACAGGGGCACAGCCCAGCCUCGACUGCAACCUCAGGGGCCUGGGAUCCCUGUGGCGCUUCCUGAAGUCCAGGUUGGCAGAGACCUGGGGGUCUGAGACCAGCUGGAAGGAGGGGCUCCUCCCACAACCCAGGGGGACCCCCUCCCGCCCAGCCAGGGCAGCUGGGUUCCCAAGCAGUGAGCCAGCUCGUGGACUGGCCUGGGGCUGGGACUCACCACCCAAGAGACAGAGGGACCUGCGGGGCUGAAGGCUCAGACCCACCGGGCAAUGUGUCCAGGGCCAUUCAGAUCCCAACCAUCAGGAAAUCAUUUUGUACAACUACCCGAGGCAGAGAUAUUUUUUAAAAAAGGAUAAAUUAUUUUCCGUUCUCUUCUGAUCCUCCCUUUGUCUUUCCCCCACAACUUCCCGUCGGUGAUUCUUUCACAUCAGGUAAAGCUUGAGAAAGCCUUGGUGCCCCUCCCUCCCAGGCUCCACUCCGUAGCCACGUGCGCGCACCCCCAUCCUUUCUCAGUAGUGAAGACGUUCUAGGCAAUACCAUAGGCACAUCUGACUGUGUCUCUCUCUUCGAGUGCAAGAAACUCAAGUCAUCUUAAAAAAAAAUACAAAAAAAAAUUUACAAAAAAAAACAAACACAAAAAAAUAUCUUUUUUAGGCCAGAGUUUUCUACAGGUAUUAAUGAAUAUUUUUCUUAAUCCUUAUAAGUUUUAUGUGUUUAAUAUUUCUUAAUACCGGUAGCAUUAAUUUAUACUUUUGUAGCAACACAAUAUUUUUAUAACAGCCAGUGCUUGGCUCAAGUCUCCACGAGGGGUUUAUACAGGGCCAUCUUGGGACCCUGUGUACCAUGUACUGUAUUUAAAAAAAAAAAAAGUUACCUAGUGUCACCCUUGCUGUGUUAAUUAACAAAAGACGUUGUUUGCGGUCUCCUGUGUCGGUGUGGAUCCAACAGCCUGUGGGUCCGACAGCUCUGCAAGGGGUCGCAUUGCAUGGGGGUUGCGUUGACGGUUCUUGUGAGAUGUGUGAGCCCCCGAGACCAAACUUGUGGGUGUAUUUAAGGGUUUUCUGUUUGUCCUUUGGGUUUUUCCGUUUCACUUUGUUUGGGUCCCUGGUACCGUUUUCUCCAUUUACAGCCAAAUGAAUUUCGUGAUGUUUCAAACUUUUACUGAUGUCAAAUGGAGGAAAGGGACAGAAAAAGGAAAGAUUUUUACGAAGAAAUAAAAUUUAAAACUGAGCUGUUUAAAUGUUGCUGUUUUUAACUGUCUGUUCUUGUCCAAAAGUGGGACAUUCCCAGGGAGAAGAGGAAGGUUCCACUUGGUUCCUUAAAUCGCCAAAAGCCCCCGCCCAGAAUUCAGAACCCCUCGACCCCAUGAAUUCUUGCAACAUUAUUUCCUGGUUGGUUGAUGCCAAGGCAAAAGACAUCCUUUUAAUGGUUAGAGAGGAUCAGUUGCUUAAAUGAUUUCAUGUCGGUGUUGUAUUUAUGGUUUUACAAUAAAACGACCUUUAGGAAGA